UAUUUACACAAAUACACAACUUGAAAGUACACACUACUACUUACUUACAUUUUAUAUACACAAUUUAAAUACAUACCACAAAAAAAAAGUAAACUUAAAAAUGGAGUCACCUAAGGCUAAGAAAUCGGCAUUCAGAACGCAAUUGAAACGCCAUACAGACGGGCUGUCUUUUGAAGAAACUAAUAUAGCGCUCAGUGAUCGGGAUUACGGACUCAUGCAUCUUAGGAGAAACAGAUCCUCAACACCAUAUCCAUGCCAAUCAAAAGGUGUGGAUGCCAUUACCUUAAGGGCACGUCUUAGUGAGCAAGAAAAUACCGAAGAGAAAAUGAUGCUAGAGAUAAUCAACGAAACACAAAAAGAGCAAAAAGUUCGCGGCACUCCACAUCCGCGCAAAGGUAUCGCUCUAAAUCCAGUCGCACUGAUCAAAUCCAUUGUUGAAAUGCAGGGUGAACUUAAAAAUACAGAAAAGAAAAGUCGUAAGUCAGGACGACGCCGUUCUGUGGAUUCUAAUUCAAAAAAACAUGUUGAAUUUCUCACUCCAUCAAACAGUCAGUUGGGUUUACUAAAUAAGAAGGUUGGCAGUGUAUUGGAAGAUGUCAUACGAGCAACUAAUGAACGUCAGCUGACCUUUGCGGAGCGUCGACGGCUGUUUAAUGCGGGUGAAUUCACAAUAGCAAAGAAUGGCAAAAAGAUGAGCGAACUGGUGAUGAGUGACACAAAGCCACAAAGUUUCUCUAUGGACAGAACAGCAGAGGAAUUUGAUGAUUAUAUGAAAAGAGAGGGAAUAACUCGUAAACGAAGUACAAUUAUUGGUCCUUGGAGAUAUUCGAAUAAUUAAAUUAAAAUUCCAGAUUUUAUGUGCUGUAAAUAGACUAGACAAUACAUAAAAGCGCUUUUACUAAAGCUGCACUGUUUUUACAGAUAAAAAGAUUAC